GGCCUAGUGCGGCGGCGGCAGCAGCAGCAGCAGCAGCAGCAGCAGGCGGAGGCCCGCGGGCUACUCUGGGCUUCCCCGGCGAUGUCGUUCCGCGACCUCAGGAGUGAGCAGCGUCCAUGAGGGCAGCGGGAUCGGGACGGGACGGGACGGGACACGGCAGCCCCCGGCCCUCCGAGGCCCUCCGUGCCGCCGCGGCUGGCUGGGGCCUGCCGAGCCGCCCCGGCCCCGUUGGGCGCCUCGGCAGCCGGGCGGGCCCCGCUUUUCCUUUAAAUUUUUGCCCCGUAGUUUCACCUGGAGACCCAGGAGGCAGCGCAGGCGGCUGAGGGGAUUUGGGGCUGCCUCAGGCCAGGGCUACAGGAAAGCCUGCUGCAGGAUUUUACCGAGAUGAUGAGGGCACUGGGGUAUCCCCGACUCAUAUCUAUGGAGAAUUUCCAUACCCCAAACUUCAUGCUUGUUUCCGAAGUACUUCUCUGGUUAGUGAAAAGGUAUGAACCUCAAACUGAUAUUCCUCCUGACGUGGAGACAGAGCAGGACCGUGUUUUCUUCAUUAAGGCGGUGGCUCAGUUCAUGGCUACCAAAGCUCACAUAAAGCUCAACACUAAGAAGCUUUACCAGGCAGAUGGCUAUGCAGUGAAGGAACUGCUAAAGGUCACCUCUGUGCUUUAUAGUGCUAUGAAUACCAAGGGACUGGAACGGGCAGACAUGAGUGAGGAAGACAGCAGCAAGUUCAAGUUUGAUCUUGGCUCAAAAAUUGCUGACUUGAAGGCAGCCAGACAGCUUGCUUCUGAAAUCACCUCCAAAGGAGCAAGUCUGUUCGACUUACUUGGCAAAGAAGUUGAACUAAGGGAAGCAAGAGCAGAAUCUAUUGCCAGACCUUUGGAGAUAAAUGAGGCUGAGAAGAUGAUGAAAAUUGCCAUUGACUCUGUUCUGGAACAAGUCCAAAAGACUAAAGACAUGUUGAAUAAUGUGGCUUUGGAUGAAGCCAAUUUGGAAGCCAAGAUUGAAAAACGAAAAUUGGAACUGGAAAGAAGCCAGAAGAGGCUACAGACUCUACAGAGUGUUCGUCCUGCUUUUAUGGAUGAGUAUGAGAAGAUUGAGGAGCAACUGCAGAAACAAUACAGCAGUUAUCUAGAAAAAUUCCGUAAUCUGACCUACAUGCAGCAGCUCCUAGAUGAUCAUCGACGGACAGAGCAAGAGAUGUUUGAGGAAGCAGCAAAUAUGCUGCGUCUUAUGCAGAAAAGGCUGAAGGAAGAGGAGCAGCAUCUGCUUAAGAGUGGAAAUAAUGAUGAUUCCGACAUAGAGAUUCAAGAGGAUGAAGGAUCUGACAGUGAAGUGGAAGACAGGCAGAUCAUGAAGCAGCACACCGCCACAGAAACACUACUGCAAGGAAGAGCUGGUGCACGGAUUGUGGGAACAAUGCAAGGUGGAGACACGGAGGAAGAUGGGAGAUCUGCCCCAGCACGGCCAGGCACGCGAAAGAUCGUCACCAAGGCACAGGAGGACUCGGGGGAUAGUGAGAUUGACCUGGAUGAAGAUGAAGAUGAGGAGGAGGAGGAUAUGGAAGAUGACAGCAUGGAAAUCUGCCCAAGCAAAUCCAGUCACCGAGCAAGGAAGCCAGAGCCACUGGAGGAAAGUGAUAAUGACUUCUGACCCUUCAGUAGCAGGACCAGGAGGCAUCUGGAAAUACAAACUUUGGAGAGUGUGCAAGCCAGGAGCUAAUACCCUGCCAUUUGAAAAGCGCUUGUCAGCAUGAAUGCAGGAGUCAGUAAAUAAUGUUCAUUAAACUUGAAAAUUAAACUCGGAUUGCUAGUCUUGUGACUCUCAAAGCAUGAGCAGUUUAUCCAUAAUGAGAAUCACAGUAACAUGGAGUGCAGUUAUUUCCAUAAUUGCAUUAGAACUGGCCCUCAUGCACUGCAUGCCAAAAGUCGCACUCCAGUGAGCAUCGUGUGCUUGAUUUCCCUGCAUUUUAUUUGUCCAAACAGAUUUUUUUGGCUUAAUAAAACUGGAUUAAAAGCU